AUGCUGGGCGGCGAUGCUGAAGAAGCCGACAUUAGCCGGUCCCAGUACAAGUACAGCAGCAUCAGCAGCAGCAACAGAAACAGCAACAGCAAGUGCAACGGCACCUAUCGGCCGACGGCUGUAGAUGCACGUACCAUGAACGACAGGGGGAAUGUCGCCCUGCCGGGCAAGACCAGGCCCCCAGGUCCCAGCAAGGCACAGGGCCCCAUAGCAAAGAUGGUCAGCCCUCUCAGACGCAGCCAGGGCCCAUUGCACACACAUCCGCUCUUUCCGGAGCUUCCGCAGUACGGACGGCCGUCGUUGGUCCGCAAGCUGCAGAGCCUGGCCAUCCGGUUCUCGGCCUUCUUUCUCAGCCUCACCUUCCUCGGCCUGGUCGUGACCGGCGCCAUGGUGACGACGGCUAGGGAGACGCUACACCUCGUGGUGGCCUACAUGACCCUGCGCAACCCCCAAUGCCGGUCGGCCGUUCUAUGCGGAGGAGAAACACCGACGGCAGAUGCGACGCGACCUGGCCAGCAGCUGGAAGCGGCAGCAGCUGUCAGAGCGGCGCGCACGGCGAAACGGCCGGCAACAAGCGGGCGAAAAGGCCGACAAGGAGAACCCCUUUUGGUGCCGGGGUGGGCGACAGCACAUACACCCCGACAGAGGGUGGGACCAGACCGGUUGGUGUGCGACGUGGGCUACUAUGCGCGACGAGUCGGCCUGGACGUGGAGUCACGGCACGGCCGGCGUCAGCUCGGGGGCCAUUGGGGCCGCGGCUGCUUUUUUGACGAAACGGAUGAGGCAGAGCGCGAGGCUCGGCAGCAGCAAAUGUUUGCCGAACGGCUGGAGGCAGGCCAGCGAAAGGCCAAGUUUCCAGUCCUGCUGGUUCACGGGCUGCUGCAGAGCGCCGGGGCGUACGCGGUUAACGACGACGACUCGCUGGCGUUCUACCUCUGCAAGAGCGGCUACGACGUCUGGCUGGGCAACAACCGAUGCGGCUUCCACCCGCGCCACGUCUGUCUGAAGCCGAACGACCCGCGCAUGUGGUGCUGGAAUAUCCGGCAAAUGGGCGUGCUGGAUCUGCCGGCCCUGACGUCGCGUGUGCUGCGUGAGACCCGGUUUGCGCAGCUGGGCCUCGUGUGCCACUCGCAGGGAACAACCGAGACGCUCGUGGCGCUGGCUCGGGAACAACGGCCGGAGCUGGGCCGCUGUUUGACCGUGUUCUGUGCCCUGGCCCCAGCAGCCUAUGCUGGUCCGUUGAUCGGCAAGCUGCACUUCCGGUUCAUGCGGGCCAUUGCCCCCAUCGUCUUCCGGCUCGUCUUUGGCAUCCACGCCUUCAUCCCGCUGAUGAUGCACAUGCACCCAGUCUUGCCACCGCGCCUCUACAGCUGGCUCGGCUACCGCGUCUUCUCCUUCCUCUUCCACUGGACCGAUGCCCGCUGGGACCGCGGCCUGCGCGAUCGCAUGUUCCAGUUCGCACCCGUGUACGUCAGCGCCGAAAGCAUGUACUGGUGGCUCGGCAGCGAGGGCUUUGCCCACCACAAGUGCAUCCUGGCCACCAAGGAGGAGGGCCGUGCCGAGGAGCGCGAGAUGGAGCAGGUCGAACUGUCCGAGGCCGAGCAACAGCAGCAGCAGCAGCAGCAGCAGCAGCAGCAGCAGCGCCACGGAAACCACCGCUAUGCGCCCGGUGCCCGCGCCUGGUUCGACGAGCAAGUCCCGCCGUUUGCGCUUUGGGUCUGCGGCAAGGACAACCUCGUCGACGGCCGCCGCCUGCUGCGCCGUUUGUUGCCCGGACCGGCCUUUGCGGCGCUAUACGGCAGCAGCAGUGGCAACGGCAGCAGCCUGGUGACUAGCAGUGGCAGUGGACGCAGCGUGCGCGAGCCCCAUGUGCGCGUGGUCCACGCCAAGCUGCUGCCGGAAUACGAGCACCUCGACGUGCUCUGGGCCAUGGACGCGGUCGACCAGGUCUUCUGCGAGAUUCGCGAGGUGCUCUGGAAGACCUGUUCGGCCCGCCCCAGCUGUCUGGUGCCCAAGGGCUGCGAGAAUGUGGCCGUCUGGAUGGACGGAGCCAAGGCAGAACACACGGCUGCCACCGAUGAUGACGACGACGAAGAGACGAGCUCGAGCAGCGCGGCUUCGUGCGCGUAG